AUAGUUUUGGGCUCGAGGUGAAACUCAUGUGCCACCGUCAGAUGUCGUCAUUGUCGUCAGUGAUGGAAGAGAAAAUAAUCCAAAAUGUCUAGCGCUUCGAUAAGUACGGAGCGGAUAGCGCUAAAAAUUUCGGAUCUGGAGGCCCGGCUGAAGGCGGAGAAUGCUGCUAGCGAGCGUGAGGGCCUGGCCGACGGCGUGGAGUCGACGCCCGCGGUCCGGCGGCCGGCGACCAUCAACAGACCGCAGCGACUGUGCGACCCAUCGUCCCCGCUGCCCCCGCGGCACGAGGGCACCCCCACCAGGUCGAGGAAGGAGUUGAUGCUGCCGGGACUACCGGUCUACGUGCAGAACAGGCCGCAGGAGUCGGCCGCCGAGAUCGACGCCAAGAUGAAGGAGAUUAUGCAGCAGAAUGGCAUCCUUAAUAUCCAGGGCAAAAAAUACCAAACAGUGGAGUAUGAACUAGAGCACCUGGGCGACCUGGGCUACGGCACUUGCGGUCACGUAGUGAAAAUGCUGCACAAGCCGAGCGACACGGUGAUCGCGGUGAAACAGAUGCGGCGUUCGGGCAACAAGGAGGAAAACAAGCGCAUCAUCAUGGACAUCGAGGUGGUGCUCAAGUCGCACGACUGUCCCUUCAUUGUGCAGUGCCUCGGCUGCUUCAUCACGGACGCCGACGUGUGGAUCUGCAUGGAACUUAUGGCCACCUGCUUCGACAAACUGCUCAAGCGAAUCAAGCAACCUGUGCCUGAGGACGUGCUUGGCAAGGUCACCGUGGCCACGGUUAAAGCACUGCAUUACCUUAAGGAAAUGCACGGCGUCAUCCAUAGGGAUGUCAAACCGAGCAACAUACUACUUGAUGAGCGUGGAAACGUCAAACUCUGCGACUUUGGCAUCUCAGGCCGCCUAGUCGACUCCAAGGCCAAGACGCGAGGCGCUGGCUGUGCAGCAUAUAUGGCGCCGGAGAGAAUUGACCCGCCGAACCCAACAAACCCAGACUAUGACAUCCGAGCAGACGUUUGGUCACUAGGCAUCACUCUGGUGGAGCUCGCGUCGGGCCACUUCCCCUACACUAACUGUAAAACAGACUUUGAGGUGCUGACAAAGGUGAUAAAUGAAGAUCCGCCGAUGCUACCUGCCGACCAGUCGUUCUCGCCCGAAUUCCACACUUUCGUCUCUAGCUGUUUAACUAAGAACUACCAGAAAAGGCCAAAGUACCGCAAGCUGCUGAAGGAAGCUUUCAUUCUCAAUUACGAGCACAAGGAGGUGGACCUGGCGCAGUGGUACGCGUCCACUUUCGAGCCGAGCGUGACAUCCACCGCGGUACAGACCAAGUCAAGUCCCAGCUACUCGAACGCCAGCACCAACACGGUGUCGUCGCCCACCGCCUGCCUCAGUCCCACCUAUGUCCACGCCAGCACCAACACACCAGUCACCAGCCCCAUCAGAAAGUACACGCCCUCUUCGUCCGGCUCGAGCAUGUCCCAGGCGUCGCCGACCCCGCCGCGGAGGCAGGGCGUGUUCAACCACUCUCAGUUCCACCACCGCAACCUGUCCGACCCUAGGUACCAGGAGCAACCGGUCAGGUACCAGGAGCAGGCUCACAGGUACUACCAGCAGCCGGACCAGCCCAUUUACGGCCGCAGCGAGUCUCGCGCCUUCCCGCACGAGCGGCUACACCCCGAACUGCCGCCCACCAUUCCUCCUCGGAUCUACCCGAUUGAGCAGCGCAAACGGCACCCCUCUGAGCCUCAGACCAACGGCACGCCUCCCCCUGUCUACCACAGGGCGUUCAGCUUCUCACCCCCGCCUCCACCUGCGUCCGCGCACCACCGCCCCCACUCGCCCGACAAGUGGUUCGCGUCGUACCUGCACAUGCAGCUGGGCCGGCGGUCGCCGCUGCUGCAGGCGGCACCGGCGUACGCACGCAGUCCGCCGCCCGUCUACACGGAGCACCUGCUGCAGCGCGAGACGACACUCGUGCUGCCCCCGCCGUCGCCGCCCCCGCGGGCCACCCGCAUCCUCGCCACCAGCGCCGCCGACGAGUCGCCGCGCCUCCGCAGGGGUUUCCUCGACACCACCAGACGCAGCCUCGGCGCUGACGCACGCUACGCCUCUCCCUCGCUUCCCCGAAGGCACGUGUCGCCGGCGCCACCGGAGCCGCCGCCGCGGCGCAUCAACGAGAGCAUGUCGGUGCCAGGGUCACCGCAGCACGGGCGGGCGGCGCCGUUCCGGCUGCGCUACCAGUGCACCCCCGAGCCGCAGCGGCGCACCCUGCCCGGCGGGGCCGGGGGCGGCGGCGCUUCCGACCUGCACGAGCAGCUCUAGCAUGAGGCCCCCGAAGUCCGCUCGCGGCACAGGCGGAUUUCGGGGCUGUCGUGGGGCACGCUGAGUCGCCUCUUCAAGUCCAAGAGUUGAUCUAGUCGAGCCGAAGCUGCACACGUCGAACCAAAGACAUUUUCACUUCCGCGCGCGCGCCAAAGCAGACACUCUCGCCCCCAGAUCACGCUCGUGCAAUAAAAUUUAUUUUCUCACAGAUUGACGCUGUUAAUUCUUGCUGUGCGAUUUUUUCACAAGAGAUUAUUUAUUUUUCGAAAUUUUAUUUUAAUUUUCGAACACUUAAUUAGAUGUUAUGUCACAGUUCGAAGGACAAAAUUGGCAUGAGGUCAAGCAACCUUUAAGAAAUUUACACCAGAAUAUAAGGGUUCUGUGGAACAACUUUGAAAAACCUUGAGACGUCUCAGUAUCUUAUCUCCCCACGGUGCAAUUUCAGAAGUGAAAGGUGUGCUUCGGAUUCCUCUCGCUGAUGUGAGUCCAAUCGAACUAACACCCAACUUGAUGUCCUAGUUCAAGGUCAAAGGUCACUCUUGUUAAUUUAACUAUUUAAUCAAAAUUUUGGAAAUGAGCUCCGUAAUUUGGAUUUUAAAAAAUGUGCUUGAAAGUUGUCCCAUGAAAUGUGUGAAAAUUUCAGAGUUAUUGUUUUAGUUUUCUUGAAAUUCCCUUUUGAAAGUAAAAAACAGCUUUUUUUACAUAUUUGAAUUUUGCAAAUUUUUAACCAUCAGAAUCGAAAAGCCUGCACACCAUCUCGACCUCCCCUAACCAGCUGAUGGGCUCUGGAAUGCUUAGCUUCCACCCCGAAAUUGCUAUAUUUUAACUGCAUUGAAAAAGGUAUAGCAAGCUUUUUGAAAUCGCUGAAUUUUACGUUAUUUUGCAUUUAAUUUUUAUGUGUUGUAAUUUUGAAUUAUUGUAAGGGGUGGCAAUGCAGUGAUUUUUGGAAUAUUUAUACUAUUUGCAAUCCCCAAGGAAGUAUGCCUAGUAGCACAUUGUUGCAUCGGGCUUGGCGAGAGAAAUCCAAAGCACAUAUUGAUUUUUUUUAAUAAUACCGCAGAAAGAUUAAAUACUGAAGUCUUAGAGUGUUAAAAUAAUUUAGUAAAAGUGAAUAUAUAAAAAAAAUUAUUAUGAAAUAAUCUACCAGGAAUGACCGAUUUCUGGAGUAAAUUUCGUAGAGUUUGCUUGACCUCACACGAAUUUUUUCCUCCGACCCGCAACAUUUUUCUUUUCUAAAUUUUGCUACGGGUGCUCCAGUCUUUCAUUUGAAUUUUGAACAGUAGACACGAGUUUCAAUGACUCAGAGAACUUUGACGUUGUCAAACAUUGCAAGUGCCAUUUGAAAACACAAAUACCUCACUCGCGGAACUGCCACAUUAUCGUAAUGUAAUGCUUGAGUAUGUAAAAGUGUAAAAAGUGUCUUCGCUUCGCGUGGAUCCAAUCAAAAGUGGCGCUUGGUGUCUUUUCCGUGCCAUUUUCUCGAUUUUUUUAAAGUGUGACUGCGAACCGAGGAAAUUUUUUGUACGGGAACCGAGGACAGUGAAAUAGAAUAACGCUGCGGUCGAAUCCAGCGUUAAUAGUCUGAUUUGUGAUCACUUGUGUUGAUUUGGACGGACAUAUCUGUGAAGAACGAUACUUUUUUUAAUUCAAUUGUGAUUCGCAAAGUGCGAGGGCUGCUUUCGACGAACAGACUCGCGCACCGACUCUUUUGGUGUCGCACUUUGGAAAUUUAUUUUACUUAUUGUAUUGUGUAACAAUCAAAAGACAUGAGAGUGUUUGUUUUGGCUGCUGCUGCUGAGUCGGGCAACAAGAGCGACGACAACAACAAUUUACUACUCGGAUUGCUCACUGUACAUAACUAUUUAUGACUCAAAAUUAAAGGAAAAAUAUAAUGCGGUCGGACGGAUGGAACCGACAAACGAA